UGUCACUUUGCCGGCACCUUAUAUGUUUAAAUUGUAAAGCAAGUUUGAGUGAGGUCUCCCCUGGCAAACCUCCCCUAAGAUCAGCGGCAUGCCAACAUCUUCGUCCUGGACUCGCACCUACCUCAACUGGAAGCGGGUGCUGUUGCUCUCGCUGAAGUGCGUAUACGUAAUGCUGGUGGUGAAGUUCAGUCAGAGGUGCCUGGAGAUGGCCUUUAAGAGCCAGUUGGCCCAGAGGCAGACGAAAAAAGCACAAGUGGGAUCGCGGAGCCGAGGAGAAGCACUCACUUGAUGGUCACAUGACGAUUCCUACAUGUCGCAUUUGUAGAAGCUGAGAGGAAACCGAUGAAUAAACAACAGUUGGCGAAUGUCUGUGCGCUGUCUUAAUACGUUUUUAUUAGCCAAGAGAUUCGCGUCAAGCUGUCGGCUAGAGUAAUUAGACUCCAUUAGUGGGCUGGCAGACGUCGUCGCGUUCCACCCGAAAGC